CCACUUGAUUCAGCCCGGCAGCGGCUUGUGCGCUUGUGGCUCAAGAGUCUCGAGUAUGUUCCUGCCUUAACAUCUAUGCGAGCUAUCUUUCUCGUGUGUAGGCAUGGUUUAGGCUUAGGGUUCUACUCUUAAGAGCACAAGUUCUGCGUCGGCUUUCAUCACCGUCACGCCAAGUCAUUUACUUUACACACAACAACUAUAUACAAGACCCAACAUGGCUCGCUGUCAUUCCAGCAUGCUGGGAAACUUUACACCAGGUCGAAAUGCGCCACUUCCGCGACUCUCACGCUUGCUUACCUUACACCUAUCAUUUCUGCUAGCUACGUACAUGCAUUGCCAAGCAGCACGGGUGUCAACGGGGCUGGGCGCCCUCACGACAUUCGGCGGGCGCGGCGAGCUGGCGCUUGAGAAGGCGCAUUUGCCGGCCUCGCUCAAACGUUUCAUAGAGCUGGUACCCAAGGCCGAGCUGCACGUGCACGUGGAGGGCGCGCUGGAGCCGGAGCUGAUGCUGGCGCUGGCGGCCCGCAACGGCCUGCCGCCGCCCUACCCCUCCGUGGAGGCCGCCAGGGCCGCCUACCACUUCGCCGACCUGCAGUCCUUCCUGGACCUCUACUACGCCGGCUGCGCAGUGCUGCGGACCCAGAACGACUUCUACGACCUGGCCAUGGGCUACUUCAGGCGAGCCGCCGCGGAUCGGGUGGUUCAUGCCGAGGUGUUUUUCGACCCACAGACGCACCUUGCCAACGGCCUGGACUGGUCGGUGUUCAUGCCCGGGUUGGCGCGGGCGGCGGAGGACGCGGCGGCUCAGCUGGGUCUGAGUGCCGCCUACAUCAUGUGCUUCAGGAAGGAGAUGUCCGCCGCCUCCGCCAACGACACGCUCACCGGCGCCCUGCCCUGGCUGCUGCCGGGUCCCACGGGUCACUCCGCCAUCAUCGGCGUGGGGCUGGACAGCACAGAGCUAGGCAACCCGCCGGCCAAGUUCGCAGAAGUGUUCGAGCGGGCUGCUCGCCUGGGUCUACAGCGGGUGGCGCACGCGGGCGAGGAGGGGCCGCCCGAGUACGUGUGGGAGGCCCUCAAUGUGUUGCACGUGCGGCGAGUAGACCAUGGCGUCCACAGCCUGGAGGAUGCCGCGCUCAUGUCUUUCCUCAACGCCAGCCGCACCCCCCUCACCGUGUGCCCCCUCAGCAACCUAAAGCUCAAAGUGUACGACGGGCAGUUGGAGGCGCGGCUGAGUCAGCUGGUAGCCUCGGGCUUAGUCAUCACGGUCAACAGCGAUGACGCAGCUUACUUUGGCGGUUAUGCCGUUGCCAACUACAACUACUUGGCCCGGGUCACGGGGUUGGGUGUGGAGCAGGUGGCGCGCCUGGCUGCAAACAGCUUUGAGGCCUCGUUCUUCCUGGGGUCUCCGGGCCCGGGUGGCGAGGCGCGGCGGGCGGCGCUGUUGGCGGAGGUGGCGGCGCUGGCGGCGCGGGCGAUGGAGGAGGAGAAGGCGGAGAAGCGGCGGCAGUAGCAGAAAGUGGCGGCAGGUACUGGCAGCCUGUAGCAGGUAAUGGCAGGCUGUAGCAGGUUAUGGCAAGCUGUAGCAGGUGAUGGCAUUCCACACUGCACGGCCCCAGCUGCGUUGGCUGCAAGGCUGCUGCGGUAGCUAGUCUUAGGAAGGUUUGGCGGGCGGUGCCUGUGCCCAGUGCCCCCGGCUAUGUCCGGUGCUACGUGGCGUGGGCGCAGUCUACGUUUCCCGUGAGAGGCAGAGCCACCUUUCUUGUCAAGCUCGGUGCUAAAACAGUGCCGGUGCGGUGUGAAGGUACUGUACGUGAUACAGGUUCUGAAGCUUCUGGCGUGGUAUGCGGUGUGCGCCGCUGCUUCUUGCGUGGUGUACGGUAUGUCGCACUGUGAUUGAAUAUGCGCGUCGGCCUUGCUUGUCAGCGUGUGUAUGGGGGGCCUGGUGUACGUUUGAACGCCGUGGGCAACAAUUCAUGGGCUGCAACGUGGCAAUUUAGCGUGUUACGGGAGAUGCUGCAGUGAAUUCUUAACAGCUGCGCGGACAGUAGGGGUUUUGCCCCCACCCUGAAAUUUGAAACUGAAGGGGCUCGA